AUGUCUACCAAUGAAACUACAUCAACUUCUACAACAGAUACUACAACUACAACUUCAACAACAAAUAUAAAGAAAAAUGAACAACAAGAUAAACCAUUUAUACCGACAUGUGUAUUUAUAAGUUUGGUUUAUGUUAAAUAUCAUAAUCGAUAUUUACUAGUUCAAGAGGUUAAUACUAGAUAUUUCAUUCCUGCUGGUAAAUUGGAAAUUGGAGAAUCUUUUGCUCAAGGUGCUUUAAGAGAAACACUUGAAGAAUCUGGAGUAAAGGUUGAAUUGAAGGGAAUAUUAAGAAUAGAUCAUUCACCUGGGUUUAGAGGAUACCCAUCUCGUAUGUUGGCGUACUUUUUGGCAGAACCUAUUAUUGACCAAACCAUUGAAAUGAUAGAGAUUGACAAUUUAGAAUAUCCUAAACCAAAAGCAUCACCAGAUCAUCAUUCAUUGUGUGCCAAAUGGUUUACAAUUGAUCAAAUUAAACAAUUGUCUGUAGAAGCAAAUCUUCGUUCAGACUCUAUACCAAAUGUGAUUGCAUACAUUGAAUCAAAUCAACCAGUAUACCCUCUAUCAAUGUUGGCAUUGGAAGGAUCGAAAUGGACCAUUCCUAAUAGUGAUGGCACUGAAUCCCCACCAACCAAAGAAAAAGGUUUCUUGAGAAAAUUGUUAAGAUAA